AGUUUGCGUUUUAUGUUUUUGUAUAUUUUUUUACCCUUGGAUUGUAUCACCUUGACCCCCACACUGCAAUAAUUCGAUACAACGGUAUUAUUUUAUUGUGUUUUUAAUUAUUUAUAUUACGGCCGUCAUCUCUGCUUCCUUAACACCACCCGGUUUAAGGCGACUUAGCAGCCCCUGCUGGCGGCUCCGGUUGGUGCAGACACCACGAUCCUCCGGGCUCCACCUGCUGGUGACCUGGAGACACACAGCAAAAGUGAUACAAUGUUGCAUUCCUUCAGCAUUACUUUUGAAAUUCGACCCCCUGAUUGGCCCAAAUUCAAACUUUAAAGUUGUUUACCCUCCUGACCUCUCAUUGGCUCUUCACCUGACCCCAUUGGCUUUUCAUGUUUAAAUUUGAAAUUGUUUUGAUGCCCUGGCCCCCUAUUGGAUGUCUCUGCCCCAGACCUCAAGUCCCCCCUCCCUCCUACAUGUCUGUAUAAAAGUAUUUGUUUUCGUUGUCUCUCAUUUGUGCUCUGUAACCACGGCUUGUCUGGAUUCUCCAUUAUACGGUCUGUUUCUAUGCUAUCUAUUUGUACCUGAUGAAGUCAUUAUAUUGACGAAACGUAGUACUAUGCCCACAGCAGCCUAAUUUCCAAAUAAAUCGGUUAUUGGCUGGAUCGCACUAGUCUCAUUACCUUACAGUUCAGUUUAGUUUAUUUCAGUAUAGCUUAGAUACUUUCCGUUUUAAUUCGAAUUCGAACUAUUCGAAAAGAAACAUGCAACCGAACCACCUUCAAGAUGACGGUGAGUGGACCCUGGUCCAACGGGGACGUCGCAGGCGGACUCCUCUGGACCCCCACUACCCCCCGACGCUGAUGGAUUUCUCCUCGUGGGCUGCACCUGCUCCGGAGGCCCGCUUCCAUCACUUCGACCACGGACACGAACGUCUCUGGGCCCCACGCCACCCGUCUCCCAGACGUUGGGAGCAACACGCGAGGCCCGUCAGGGACUGGUCUCCCUACGGGCCUACCCGUCACCACCACGAGGGUUGGUCCGAGGCCCACGGACCGGCCUACUCGCCUCCACGCCGACCGGCCUACCCACCUCCUCGCAGACCGGCCUACUCGCCUCCUCGCCGUGAGGCGCAGGAGCCUCUCCAUCGCCGCGCUCCUGAGACGCGUCGGGCUCCUCGCCAUCCCGCCCGAGCUCCGAGCCCCCCCGCCGGACCCCGCAGGGCACGACCGCAGGUGAGACCUCCACCCCCGCGUCCCGACCCACGACCCCGCGACCGGCCCCGACCUCCGGUCACCACCGCGGCGCGCACUGGGUCUGCGCGUCCGCCUCCACCCAGGCAGGCGCCGCGUGCCCCGGCUGCUCAGCUCUCUGACGACCCGGACUCCUGGCGGCCCUGAAGGCCUCUCACCACCUCGCCAACGCCGAGGGCCCGGAGCCCCUUCCCGUCGUCGCCAGGCUAGCUGAGGCCCUGAGGGUCUCCAUCGCCCUGCUGUCCCCAACGCUGCGACCGCGCAGCUG